AUGACUAUGUGGAUUAUAGCACUCAGUCUCUGUGUGGUGGGUCAGGGCUGGGCUCAGCGCGCAGAACCCAUGUUUGCAUCAAUCACUCAGAGUGUUCUGCCCCCUGACUAUGAGAACAACCCAACACAGCUGAAUUAUGGUGUGGCUGUCACAGAUGUGGAUGGUGAUGGAGACCUGGAGAUGUUUGUGGCUGGGUACAAUGGUCCGAAUCUGGUGCUGAAAUACGAUAAAGUAAAGAAGACGUUAGUAAACAUUGCAGUUGACGAUCGUAAUUCCCCAUACUAUGCGCUUAGAGAUCGGCAGGGGAAUGCAAUUGGAGUGACAGCAUGUGACAUAGAUGGUGACGGGAGAGAGGAGAUCUAUGUUCUCAACACAAACAAUGCUUUCUCAGGUCGAGCAACUUAUGCUGAUAAGCUCUUUAAGUUUCGCAAUGGACGUUAUGUGGAUCUCCUAAGUGACGAGAUAAAUGAACAGAGAGAUGUGGUGAAUCGCAUGGCAGGGCGAUCAGUAGCUUGCGUGGACAGAAAGGGAACAGGACGUUAUGCCAUCUACAUUGCUAACUACGCCAGCGGAAACGUGGGGGCCCAUGCUCUGAUCGAAAUGGAUGAGAGUGCCAGUGACCUGUCUAACGGGAUCAUUGCUCUGUCGAACGUGGCAGAGCAGGCCGGAGUCAACAAAUUUACAGGAGGACGAGGGGUCGUUGUGGGGCCUAUACUCAGCGAGAGCCUUUCUGAUAUAUUCUGUGACAAUGAAUAUAGCCCCAACUUUCUUUUCCGCAAUAAUGGAGAUGGGACAUUUACAGAUGUCGCUGCGCAGGCAGGGGUUGAGGAUCCAAUGCAGCAUGGCCGUGGUGUAGCUCUAGCAGAUUUUAAUCGAGAUGGGAAAACAGAUAUCAUCAAUGGAAACUGGAAUGGUCCACAUCGCCUGUACCUGCAGUUAAGCAAUAACCGCAAACAAAGAUUCAAGGACAUUGCGUCACAGAAGUUUUCCAUGCCGUCCCCUGUGCGUACAGUUAUCGUAGCAGACUUUGACAAUGACAGUGAAUUGGAGGUCUUUUUCAACAAUAUUGCAUAUAGAGGUUCAUCUGCCAACAGGCUGUUCAGGGUGUCUCGGAGGGAACAUCUAGACCCACAGAUAGAGGAGCUAAAUGUUGGCGAUGCAGCUGAGCCACAAGGCAGAGGAACAGGAGCUGCUGUUGUUGAUUUUGAUGGAGACGGGCAGUUGGAUCUCCUGGUGACACACGGUGAGAGUGCAGCACAGCCAAUAUCUGUGUACCAAGUGAGCCAAGGUUCAUCAAACAAAUGGCUCCGUGUUAUACCACGCACAAAGUUUGGGGCUUACGCUCGUGGUGCCAAAGUGGUGGUCUAUACAAAAAAACAUGGUGUUCACACUCGUAUCAUCGAUGGAGGUUCUGGAUAUCUGUGUGAGAUGGAACCUGUAGCUCACUUUGGGCUUGGAAAAGAUGUGGCCACUAAUUUGGAGGUGUACUGGCCAGAUGGACACUCUGUGGCCAAGCCAUUGGAGCUUACAGACCUCAACACGGUUAUGGAGAUCGCUUACCCACUGCCUGAAGAGGAGGUGACCCCAUCACCAGAGAUUGAGUGUGGACAUGGAUUGGUUUUAAAUGAAAAUGGCAGAUGCAUUGAUCAGGAUGAGUGUACACAGUUUCCCUCUGUGUGUCCUCGUGAGCGUCCUGUCUGUACCAACACUUAUGGGAGCUUCAAGUGCCGUGCAAAGAAGUGCAACCAGGGAUUUGAGUCCAACGGUCGAGGCACAGCAUGUGUGGCUCAAGUUGCAUAUUUUGAGGGAAAUAGAUCUUCUGCCUUCAGACUUUGGCCUUCUCACUUCUGCUCACUUUCUCUAACUCUGCUUGUCCUACUCACUGCCUGACACACUGUUCGCUCUCUUCUUUCAUGUGACAAUUUUACCUUCUCACCUGUGCACUGACAGUCCCAAGACGUAUGAGUCAACUGUGUAAUGAACUCUCUAUGGACUCCCAACUGUCUUCUAAUUAUUACUAUUGCAACUCCAUUCCAUUUCAGAUACAGUCGAUGUAAAGUAGACACGGUGCAUGCCCAGAGGAAGCUACAGGAGGUUUGAAAAAAAAAAACUUCAUAUUUUUUAAAGUAAAAAGCAAAAGCCAAAAUGACUACAAGAAGCUUAAGCAUUAAAAUAUAUGUAAUAAAUUGCUGUAUCAUUUAAUAUAUAGUCUAUAAUGCACUAAUUUGAUGUUUUUUUAUUAUUGUUUUUUUUUUUUUUAUUUGGUUGUGGUGAUAAGAUAUUAUAUGGACAUAUGUUUAAGAAGAGAGCUUUGGGUAAAUGCUGCUUGCAAUUUAUUAAAAUAAUAAAACAC